UAUGUACUAAACAUUCGCAAUUCGCACGUGUCGGUGCGAAAACCUAACCUAAAAAGUAAAUAGUUCGAAUGAAAAUAUUUAGUAUUUUUCGUUGGUAUUUCAACCUACAUUUAAAAAAUACGAUGCCAACAACAAACAGUGGUGUUAACCUUCCGAAAUGUGUUCGAAACAUGACCAUUCUAGACAAAUCAAAGUUCGAUACGGAUAUAACAGUACCGAUUAUUCACCUACGUCAAGCGCAUGUAUCGGAUGUAAUGCCCUACCUUAAAAAAUACGGCCUCCGAAUUAGACAUCUAAAACCGCUACAAACAUGCACUGAUAACAAUCAAAAGUAUAUGCUGCUAAAUCGUAACAUUCAAACCUAUUCUGCAAUGGACGAGUGUGAUCGAGAGGGUUUAAAAAAACACUCGAUAACCGAAGAGAAUUUUGACACUGUUAACUUGCGAUUAACGUACGAUAAUUUUCAUGCUGACGAAAUUUUUAGAGCCAUUCUUCCGGAGAACCAGGACGGUUUCUCUAGCUUUUCACAAGUGGGUCACAUCAUCCAUUUGAAUCUUCGUGAACACUUGUUACCAUUUAAAAGUAUUAUUGGUGAAGUUUUGUUGGAAAAGACGCCGAGAACUCGUACUGUUGUAAAUAAAGUAGAUAUGAUUGAGAAUACGUAUCGUAACUUUCAAAUGGAAAUUAUUUGUGGCGAUCCGGAUAUGACGGUUCAAUUAAAGGAGAAUCGGUGCCAGUUUGAAUUUGAUUUCUCUCAAGUGUAUUGGAAUCCUCGAUUAAGCACGGAACACGAGCGAAUUGUGGAUAGUUUAAGUAAAGAUGAUGUUGUGUUUGAUGUUUUCGCUGGGGUGGGUCCAUUUUCUAUUCCGGCUGCGAAAAAAGGAUGUAUUGUUUACGCAAAUGAUUUAAAUCCCGAAUCUUACAAGUGGCUUUUGCAUAAUGCGAGAAAAAAUAAAGUUAAUCUCAGUGCGUAUAACAAAGACGGUCGAGAUUUUAUUAGAGAAGACUUAAAAGAUCAAUUAAUUAAAUACGUUAAUAAACAAAAUAUUACAAUCAUAAUGAAUUUACCCGCACUAGCUGUAGAGUUUUUGGGUGGCUUUUUAAAACUGUACGAUGGGAACGAGAUUGGAGAUUUGCAUAAACCUCCAAUUCUUCAUGUUUAUUGCUUUACAAAAGGAGAGGAUGUGACCGGUAUUGCAAAAAAAUUGAUAACUGAACAAUUUAAGUUUGAUGUUGAAGAUAAAAUUUUAAAUAUAUUCAGAGUUCGUACUGUCAGUAAUUUCAAAGAAAUGGUUCGAGUCACUAUUAAACUAGAUAAAGAGAUUUUAACUAAUGAGAAUGUCAAAAGAAGCUGUUCCCCUUCUCUAGACAAUGCCUCGAAAAAAAGUCGUCAUGGGAAAGAAGAACAAAACGAAACAAAUAAAGAAUGUGAUUAAGGUGGUCGGUGGUAGGAGUGGAAAAUCAAAAAAUAAGGCAAAACCUGUUAGUGGACACCUUAAGCGGAUCAAUUUUCAAAAUAAAUCUAAAAUAUUAGAGAUUGAUAAACACUUGGUCGAAUUUCAUGACAGACUACAAAAAAAUUCGUCAACAGAAGCCAAAACUUCUGAGCCUGUAAAAAAAUUGGAGGAAGACAUCUCUAAGAACGUUGAAGACUUUGUUAACCUCGAAAGAGCUUCAGAAGAAACGAUUGUUGAAUUAGAGGAUAUGCAAUUAUAAUAGACAAUUAAAUAUAAUAAUGUACAUUGUUCUAAUUUUGUUAAUUAUUCCUUACGCAUAACUUUUGAUGUAUAGUUAAUAAUAAUAUUCUUGAAAA